GGCAUCCAAUGAUACAUAAAACUGGCCUUUAGUGAUCCAUUGUUCAGUAUGUUGCCUAUCACACCGACCAGCAUGUUUUUUGCAAAAUUUAAUACAAUUUCGUUGAUCUACAUCUGUUUUAUAUUCUACGAUCCUGUUAAAGAUGUUGAGGCACGACGACAAGCAAGAAUGAUUAAUGGGGAAGACGUCCUAAUUGAAGAAUUUCCAUCAAAUGUCUUCAUCGAGUCCGAGCACAUAAUAAAUGGAUACCUGGUCGAGCCCUUCUGUAGUGGAUCGCUCAUUAGCCCAACUCAUGUACUGACUGGUGCACACUGUACCAUGUACUACAACCAGGCAUUCAUGACGUAUCCUUACUACUGGCUCCCGCACCAGAUCUAUGUCAGAGCAGGAGUUGCUAGUGUUCGUCAGCAUGGCAACGACUACACUGUUAAACGAAUAUAUAGACACGAACUCUGGAACAUUCAGAUAGAAUUAAAUCCAGAGUUAACUAGCGAUAUAGCCAUUCUCGAGUUAAACGAAGUCGUAGAGCUAGGCCCUACACAACAAAUUAUUAAGUUACCAUGCGCCAGCCCCGAGUUCGGUGACGAAGGUAUUCUGCUUGGAGCCGGACCCACAUCUUCAGAUCCCAGAACACUCGGAACGAUGAAAAAAGCCACGUUUAAGGUCGUACCGUGCACGGAUUGGGCCCAAUAUAAUCUAAUUUGUGUCCGGAGUGAAACCGCUAAUUCGACACAGGAACGCAUCUUCUUAGCUGGGUAUCCACACUGUGCACAUUGUGACUCUUGAAUGUGAUAAGACGAUCUGCCACAACGCCUGCGUGUCGUGCUGCGGCGCUUAAGGGGUUACUCUCAUGUGAUCACUUCGAACAAUCGAUUUUCUUUUUUAUAUUUUGACAGUAAAAUCUAUUGAAAACAUGAUGUGAAAAAUUCAGACCGAAAUUCAUAGUAUUUGAUAAGUUACAGCUCAUAGUCGCCGACGUAUCGUAAGCGACUAUCUACCAGGCUUUAAACUUUAAACGCGUUUUUCUCGAAUCAUCAUUUUCUGAAACUGUCAUGGUCCUAAAAAAAGUAUUCAACCGAUUGCUUUAAAAUUUACAUAUGUUCUUCUACUUAUUUAUAGUUAUCGUCCCUACCAGAAUUGUUUAUUCUCGAAAAUAUUUUCAUAUUUUUUUUAAACGAUUUUUAACGAAAAAGAACAAGAUUUUCGUGAUUUUUUUUGAAGUUCGAUAUUUUUUUUUUUAAUCAAAUUGAUUAUAUUUAGUAGGGACGAUAGCCGCAGAUCUACUGAAUAAUAAUCCAUUCGAUUUUUUUAUCUCAGACAACAUGAACAGCCGCUAUCACCUUGACCAGUGAACUACCUUUUUUUGUUGGGGACUACUUUGACUUUAAAAAAAUAUAUGUUAAAAAUGUAAAAAACGAAAAAGAAAAUUUUUUUUAUACAUUUCAAAAUACAAAUAAAAAUAUAUUAAAAAAUCAACAUGAUUGAAGUUUGUUGUCGCGUAAAAAAAAAUUUCCUAAAAAGGGGUUAAAUAUAGGCGUUCACAUGAGAGUAACCCCUUAAGGUACGCUAAAUCAUACCUUACUGACGGCUGGGGGAGGUGCCUGAAAAAUCCCCAGUUAAUUAAAAAAUCGUCUCUCCGUUUGUAAUGAAUAUUAGGGGGGGCAACCAACGAGGUUCGGCGGAGAAUUGAAUGCUCCGCGAUGGGGCUAAAUUUCAUUCCUUAACUUCGGUAGUAAAAAUUAAAAACCAUGAGGAAGUUCGAAGCCCCAUUUCUGCGUCAAGAUUCCGUUGGGUUUGCUAUUGCAUUAUGACUUCCCCCGUUCGUUUUUAAUUUUAAUUUACCGAAUAUAGCCUAAUUGAGGAAAAUUGAAUGCUUCUUCGAACAGCGUUUAUUUUAUUCUGUAGUAAUACCCCAAGACCUUCAAAAUUAUUGGAUAUUUCCCGAGAGUUUCGUUGCGUAGCAACGAAACAGAUAAGUUUUGCAGGUUAAAAAUCCCGCACGCGAAGGGCGAGGGUUUUUCGGCGAAACUUAUCCCGAUCGAUGCUACGCAGGGAAACUGGGGGGAAAUAUCCGAUUAAUUUUCAAGGCCGAGGGCUAUUUGGCCGGAUUAUUUUUUUCAUUCCAAUUUCAAGGAAUUAAAUGUGUGAUAUUUCGUAGUUGUGGCUUCCAGCGUAUAUUCUCUGUCUCCACAAAAUGCAGAGAAUUGUUUCCAAAUUGUGGCUUUUCUCUUCACCGUAUGAUUAGGAACAUUUUUCUAAAUUUUUUGAUCAAUAAUGUCGAAGGAUUCUCCUCCAAAGGUGCUCAUGUCGAGGUAAAGUCUUUGAACUUGAUUUCCUCUAAUCGCCCUGACAAAAAUCUUGAAAUUGUCAACCUUUGGGUGUGCAGAAGGGUUUGAAAAUCCUCGAGCCUCACUCAAGAUUUAAAGGGUCGUUUGUUAAUUCGGGAAGGGACAUAGGGUGACAAAAACAACGGUCACUUCUGAGGACUCUCUGCAUAUCCUCAACUCAAUUUGUUACCAAGCACAUGACACAGAAAAAGGGGUUUUUUGAGCCAAGGGGUCCACAAUUCAAAAUUAGAAAAUGGAGAAUUCCCAGGGUAAAAUUCCCAUUUCCGAAAGGGUGGGACCUAACCUAAGAGGAUGGACCUCUGUCAGCCAAUGAAAUUCUCAACCAAUUUGUGAAUUCAAAGAAAGAAACCUCUCUCUAUUUUUCCAAAAUUUUACCAAAAAAGAGAGAGAAGCGCAGUUCAUCUCGAAACCUCGUGGAAGACAGAGCAAUUUUUUCGUGAUCCUCAUCCGAGUUAAAAGACAAUACAAAUAUCUCCAUUCAUUAAAAUUACAAAAUGUUAGUGUAGAUUCUUGCCUACUUGUCAGUUGGUGUAAACAAAAUAAAUUAACCAAACUUUGUUUACCUAUCAGUGAUUGGUGUACAAUAAAUUGAAAAUUAAUUGACUCUGGUGAAAUUUAAGUGUGAUGUGUUCUUGGUAUUUAUCAAAUAAUUCAGUCAUCUAACACUCCCGCUGUCAGAGGGGCUAGUCAAAAAUGGAGGUGUAGUCCUCUGCGUCACCAAAAUGCUAUUUUAACUUCCCGAUAGGAAGUUAUUGGUUUCACCCCGAAAAUAAAAAAUCGUAAUUUUAUGAAAUGUCGACGUUUCAUGACCAGGAGAACACCCCCCGAUGAUUUUUAGCGUGACGUCUGUGUGUGUGUGUGUGUGUGUGUGCUCACUUUUUUUCGUUCACGCUCCCAGGCGAACGGUAAGCGCGAUCGGAAUGGGGGUGGUCGCGAUCGAUAGAUGUCAUCGAGUACAAGAUCGGAUUAGUUUGGGAGCGAAAUCCCCCCACCCGUUUUUGAGUUUUUUCAAAAAUAAGGAUUAUUUUGAUCUUUCAAUUUCUUUCGUUCACGCUCCCGUCCAAGCGCGUGAUGCGAUCGAGGCGGUUAUGGUCGCAGUCGAUGGCCAUUGACGUGGUCAAGAUCCCAUUAGCACGGGAGUGAAAUCCCCCCACCCCUUUUCGGGAUUUUUGUUGAAAACAAUGGAAAGAUUGACAACUGACAUUAUUCGAUAUAUGAAGCCUAUAUUGAGCUGUCAUUCAUGCUCCCGCGAAAACGCAUAAUGCGAUCGGAAUGGUUUUGAUCACCAUCGAUAGGUUUUGACUUGGUUCGGAUCUGAUUAGGUCGGGAGCGAAUUCCCUCCACCUCAUUUUGAGUUUUUUUU